AUGGGUUUGCUUUUUUUGGUGAUCCUGACUUUGUUCUUGCCGAGCUGUGCUGGUGCAAACCUUCGCAAGUUAGGCGUUGAGGCGGCUGCAAUGAACAACUCUCGCGCACUGUCGGCCGUCUCUAGACAUCUUGCCAAUGUCUUGGAUUUAGCCGAGCUCUGGCCAGAGGCGCUUAAAAAUUUUGAUUCAACUACAGUCACAUUCUCCGCUGAUAUUGAUACAAUCUCCCGUGACUUUGAAGAAGUGGCAAAAAUAGCACACGACCCACGAGACAUCAUCGUGAACAACAAGAAGGUAGAGUUGGGGCUUGAUCCGCUUUGGGUGCGAAUGGAGAAAAGUGCUUAUGAUAAAUUGAGCGAAAAUGGGCUAUUAAGAUUACUGUUAUUGGAAUUCGAGAAAGGAUAUCGGUGGAAUAAUGACCAAAUCUUACACAAACAAUCCGGAACAUCAAUGAAAUUAACAAGAACCAAAAAGGAGAUAGCGGAGAUCGAAAACAGAGGAGGCAAAUCUCCUCUUAUGACUUCCUCAAUUGGCAGACACGGACAACUGGUUGAGAAUGGUGAGAAAGUGAUGUCAUUUUGUAUUGUUUUACGACACAAGGACGGGGGACCUCUUGUGAGACGGGUAGAAGGUAAAGAAGGUUUGUGGUUCGCCAAUAAAGAGGAUGUCGAAAUGGUCAUCAUAUCGAGCUCGAACCAAGCCAAGUCCAACUGGAUCACUGUAAAGGGAGGCCGAAAUAUAGGUGAACAGCCAGAACAAGCGGCAUUACGCGAGACACUGGAAGAAUGUGGACCAAAGAAACCAGGUGACAAAGUAGAAAUGAGUCGGUGGGAGACUUGGGUCAUGGAUGGGGGCGAAGGUCAGGGCAUACAAUACGGAAAAAAAGAGGGUGAAGCAGUGGGCAAAGCGUAUGAAAUGUUUUCUGAGGACGGACGUUUGCGCGGGUUGUUUGCUUUCGACGAUGCAGUUGCGUUGAUAAAACACAGUGAUCCCGUAAUGGCUGCAAAUGUGAUGGAAGUAGAGGAACUGUUUGGUAAAAGACAAGACGAUAAGGACGCGAUGCUUGCCGGGCUGAAGCUGGAGUUGCCUGAAGAAACGUAG